AUGCUCAACGAUCCAGACACAAAGAUUCCUACACUACGGGUUCUUAUAGAAAUGACUGAAUCCCAGUACACUUCGCUUGGAUUGGCUUUGAGGCAUACAUUUUUCACUACUAUAAAAGAUAUGGGUUGCGAAGAGCUAAGCGUGAAAUGGCUCAAUGUUUUGAGUGAGUAUGGAAAAACGAUUACGGGAUUUGAAAAGGAGAUGGAUGUGCUAGUCGCGUCAUGGAUUGAGGAGACUCUUCUAGCCAAAGACCAUCCUCAAGCUCUUUUGGUACUCCAGCUUGCUCAACACUUGAUACAGCACAACUCUGCCUUUAUUGGUGAAGAGUACAUGAAAUCCAUAGUACACGCGGUAUGCGUUAGAGCUUGUAAGACCAUGGACCCCCUUAUAUCACACUGCCUUGAUGUUCUUGAUAAUGUUCUGAAAUAUGGGUAGGG